AUGACUGGACGCGGCAAAGGCGGAAAGGGCCUCGGCAAGGGUGGUGCUAAGCGUCAUCGCAAGAUUCUUCGCGACAACAUCCAAGGUAUCACCAAGCCUGCCAUCCGACGUCUCGCUCGUCGUGGUGGUGUCAAGCGUAUCUCGGCCAUGAUCUACGAAGAGACCCGUGGUGUCCUCAAGUCCUUCCUCGAAUCUGUCAUUCGUGAUGCUGUCACCUACACCGAGCACGCAAAGAGAAAGACUGUCACUUCGCUUGAUGUUGUUUAUGCCCUCAAGCGACAAGGCAGAACCCUCUACGGUUUCGGUGGUUAG